UGUUUAUCUCUACCGCGUGAUCUUAGGCCCUGCAGUUUGGAAUACAGCUAAAUGUGUGUUUUGUGUGGGGUAAAAUGAGCUAACCUUGCAAACCAACGACGCACAGAAGGAGAGAUCUUGACACAAGAAUUGAGAAGAACAGUAAAGGGAGAUUUGCCUCAUCAGCACAUAGAGCUUCUGGGAUAAAAUGGAAAAUGCAGCGAUCAGUGGUGAAGACAAGCCUGAAGGCAAUGAAAUGAAGGAGAACUCUGCGCGUCUUUUUAUCGCAAUUUCAGGUGUUCUUUUUUUGUAUGUGAUAUCAUCAUCUGCCUACAGCCCUUUAACUGAUCAGUAUGUGUAUUCUGCAUUGGCUCGCCAGUAUGGUCUCCCAUGUGGAGAUAACGACACGCAGCAUUCGUGCCAGAAGUCACAGUCCCAAUGCAUGAAGGAUAACACCAGUGAUCCAUUGUAUGAUUUGCGGGAGAAAGUUGAGGGACAGUCAUCAAGUUGGGUUUUAUAUAUUACAGUACCUAAAGCAAUAAUUACUGUUCCAUUGUCAUUAUUAUAUGGGAGUUAUAGUGACAGAGGAGGCCGAAAAAUCCCCAUUCUUUUGCCAUGCAUAGGCCUCUUGAUCAACUAUGUUAUUGUUGGAGUUGUCAUCUUCUUUCAACUUGAUUUGUAUUUUAUAGCCAUUGCUUGUGCUGUGGAAGCACUCUUUGGAAGCAUUGCCACAAAUUAUCUUGGGAUUUUUGCGUACACUGCAGAUAUAUCCUCAAUAAAAGUGCUGACAUUUCGUAUUGCGGUGCUGGAAGGGUUAAUUGGUGUGACAUACAGCUUGACUCAGCUUGGCCUCGGCUACCUCAUCGAAACCACAGGGUUUAUGUACCCUAUUUUGAUAGCAGCUGGACUGCAGCUUAUUAAUAUAAUUUAUGUGUGUCUUUUGAAGGAGACCAUUCAACGAAGUGAAGAUGCAAAAUUUUUAAGCUGUGAAAAUUUUCGGAAGAUCUUCAGGCUGUUUGUAGUAGACAAUGGAAGCCAUAGACUGUGGAAGAUCAGGUUGCUAAUGCUGUGCACUUUUAUUAUAGGUCUUCCUUGUAUAGCCGUGUACGAUGUCCAAACACUAUUUCAACUAAAUGCCCCGUUAUGCUGGACUUCAGUCAAAAUUGGUUUCUUUCUUGCUGGACGCUUUACUGCAAGUUUGCUAGCACAAAUGAUUCUCACCAAAAUAUUCAAUCGAUGGUUUGAUGAUGAUCUACUAGCAGUGGUUGUUAUAGUGAUGGGCAUUGCAUCAUGGGUAUUUGAGGCAUUUGCUACAACAGAUCUGUUGAUGUAUCUUGUUAUAGCUGUAGGCCUGAGCUUUGAUCCUUUUACCUUCCUACGUGCUAUGGCAUCCAAACUGGGCCACAAAGAUGAGCAAGGUGCUUUAUUUUCUACAGUAGCAGCAGUGGAGAGUCUGGCAUAUGGAGCAGGGCAGGCAACAUUCACCAACAUAUACACUGCCACACUGAGUUUAUUCCAAGGAAUGGUUUUCUUGGUGAUGGCUGGGUUUUAUGUGAUUGCUAUGGUCCCAUUUUUGUUUUACAUAAUCAAGAUAAGAAAAGAAAACAAAUACAAACUCCUGGUCAAUAAUCCCACAGCCCCAUCUGAUGACAUACUGAAUGCUUCUAAGGAGGGCCAUGUGAUCAACGAAUAAAGUCUGAACUGGCAUUGUUUUAUCUCAAGUUUGGUAGAUGAUAAACUAGAUCAGUUUAUUUUAAUUUGACAUUUAUUUGUUGGUAUAAUUAUUUGACAUUGGAUUUAACUAUAAAGGUUAUGAUCAAAAUGUAACUUUCAAGUAAGAAGUUAUCAGUGAUGACAAAGAAUUGGAUGCAUAUAUGGACAAAUUUGGUAUCUUUAAAAUUUUACUCUUUUUUAAAGAAUUUUAAACACAGCUUAUUAAAUUUGUUAAAAAAAUUUUAAGAUACCUCUGACUUCUUACCAUCUUAGUAGUACAUCUGUUUUGAAGAAUCCUGAAAUAUGAAAUAUUAUUAGGCAUCAUUCAAACAAAACUGUGUAUUGAAAAAAAAUUUAUGAAAGUUUUUGGUUAGCUAUGCAGUGUUAAGACUUUAGUCAUUCUUAUAUGUUGGGCAUUUGUUGAGCAUCAUGUAUGCCAUCAUAUUUAAGGAUAACUAAUGCAAUGGAGACAUAAUUAGGUAUAAGUUAUGUUUUGUUUAUAUAUAUAUAUAAGGAAUAUUUCUAAAAAUUUAUCAAAACUUAUUAGCUAGAAUGUCAUAGCCCUAUCCCCUGUUGAAUUGAUCUAUUAUUUGGCCUAGUUUGAUAUUAGUUAUGUUUUAUUUAGACAACCUAUAGACUAAUAUGUUAUAUUAUUUUAUUUAUAUAAGGAAUAUUUCUAGAAAUGAAAAUCAAAACUUAUCGGCUAGAAUGUCAUUGCCCUUUACCCUGAUAAAUUGAGCUAUUAUUUUGCUAAGUUUUGUCAAGCAAAUUCAAAACGCUAUCCACCUCAUUCAUAUCUUAUUGAUUAAUGAUUCUAGUAAGAUUAUGUAUGAUUAUUUGCUUCAAUUUUGCAAUCCUAAGCAUGGGAUCUGAUACAUUCCUGGUUCUUUAUUUUUUUAAUCUCCAUAUGGAGAAGAUGCUUCAUUACAAUGAAAAAUAUGCAGGCAUAUCCUGGGUAUAAUUGUAAAAAUGAAAAGACCUACCUCUGUUGUCUCUGAGGCUCAGGCUACAUGUAACUCCCUAUAAAUUUCUUUUUUCAAAUAAAAGGAGAAAUUGAAUUUUAAUUCAUACACCCUGUUUACAGCAAAUGAUGUGAUAGGGAAAUAGUGAAAUUUCUGACAUAACCCUCUUCCAGUCAUGAAACAGUGUCCAUGGCUAGUGCAAUAUAUGUACAAUUAUGUAAUCUGUGAUAAGAUUUUUAAAAUUGAUGUGAUAAUUUAGCUCUUAUUGAAUAUUGUAAACAUACAUUUCUGUAGAAAAAUAUAUCAGAUUCUUUACAUUUUGCUCUGGUCACAUGAUAUGACCACAGUAAAUAAAGUAAAUUUCCAGACA